GCUCGCCGCGCUCGGCCUCGCCGGCAUCUCGCCGGGAUCCCGCCGGAAUCCCGACGGACCGCUCCCACGAGGAUGCUGCGCGCCGUCGCCGCAGGACGGGCUUUGCUGCUGAGCGCCCUGCUGUGGCGCCUGGCCGCCGCCGGCAAUCCAGAACUACCAACAGCAGUUAAUAUAACUUGGUCUUCUAUCAAUUUUAAAACUAUACUACAGUGGCAACCAAAACCAUCAGGUUACUUCUAUACAGUAGAAAUACAUGGGCAGACAUCUGACACCAAAAAAAAAUGUAUUUUGACAGCAGAAACAGAGUGUGAUGUUACUGAUGUGCUCAGGAAUGUAAAAGAGACCUACACAGCACACAUACUGUCUGUAACGUCCUCGGGGAUGGAUAACUUUGAAGAACCACCUUUUGCAGUCUCUGAAAAAUUUACACCUUAUAGUCAGACUGUUCUCGGAAAACCGGAGAUACAGAAUUACACACAGAAAGGUUCCAAACUGAAUGUUGUGUUCCAAGAUCCACUUACACCAUAUACAUUUCCUAAUGGAAGCUUUCAAAGUAUUCGAGAUAUUUUCCAACAUGACCUGGAAUACAAACUCUAUUACUGGAAAGAUCAAAGUUCUGGAAAGAAAGAUGCAACAACAGAAAGCCAUAAAUUUGAAAUAAGCGUUGACAACACAAAGAACUAUUGCUUCUACAUACAGGGAGUCAUUCCCUCCCGCAGAGAAAACCGUAAUGGUCAAGAAAGCAUGGUGCUUUGUACCAGCAUAGGAAGAAAUAUCUUAGAUGAAUACGGAGCAGAAGUCUUUAUCAUCAUAGCAGUGAUAGUGAUUGCAGUCAUCACUCUUGCUGUUGUCCUAUCAGUGAUCCUGUGUAAACGCAAGAAAACAAAAGCUGCAAGAGAAAAGGAACCACUUAACAGCAUCUAAGGAAAAACUGUUGUGGACACUAGUGACAGUUCCAAAGCAAAAAAAACCAAACCAAAACAAAAAACAUAAAUUGGGUAAUUGGGUGGAGCCUUUUAGGCUCUCUGAUACAGGAAUUUUGAAGGCCAAACUUUAUAUGGAUUCAAAAAUCCAUUAGACAAUCACAGAUGAAAAAUCCAGAUAUCAGGAAGCCCCUGUGUCACUAGUGGCCAGAGGCUGGAAUAGUAUUCUGGUGGUCUGUUACAAUAACCUAACCCUACUCAUACACUCUCCCAAGCUCCUUCUAUUGUCCUGUCUGAAACAGGAUUCUGAACUAAAUGGACCUUUGUCUUGACCAGGUACAGACUUUCUGAAAGUAUGGCUUUACUGAGCCAGAAGAUUUAUGGUACUUGUGAGGGGAAAAAAACACUACUUUUGAAAAAUAUAUGUCCUUUACCUAACUAAAAGGAACAUUUUUCUGUUUCUAUGAAACAAAACCUGUAUUUAUCUGACUUUCUUUUAACAUUAUUAACUGGUGAAAUGAUCUGGUAGUUCAGAUGUGACAAAGAUGCUACUACUAUGUCUGCACUUAUUGGAUAAAAUUAACUUGGUCUAUUUAUCUUUGGAUAUAGACAAUCAAAGGUAAACAAACUAAAACUACUGUACUGGUGACUUGUAAGGAACACUCUUGAAGUAGGUAGCUGCUAUCCAUCUGGAAAGCAUAUCCAGAUUACACUACACCUAGAGUUAUACAGACAGGGUAGUCUGAUGGUUCCAAGCAAGUGUUAGAACAAAUACUUUGCAGUUUUUGAGUCAGUAGUAACUCACUUCAUGCAAGGACUGAGUAGGUAGCAGUAUUUACUGCAUUUUGAACGUUAUUUUUAAUUAAACAGUUGGUGAAUGAAUAGUUUCUGUGGUAGAGGUACAAAUCAUCUUGGUGAUGGGAUUUGGAGGUACCUGUUGCUUUGACUAUUUUAAUAUUUAUUUUAUAAAUGAGAAUCUAAUUUUUAUACUGGUGAUAUCUGUAUUUAUGAUGGUAAUUUAUACUUUUCUAGUGAAAUAAAGGUGACUGGGAAACUAAAA